AUGGGUACUCUUCCUACAUGGCUUUCUGCCCUGCUGCUACUGCUAUGGACUGCAGCUGCUCAAUCCCCUGCUAUCGAUGUCGCUGGCACUAUAGCGGAUCCCAAUCCCCAUGGCCCAACCAUGUCAGGAACCCCAUCCGAUUGCAACCGAUGGUUCACCAUCAAAAAGGGCGAUACCUGCUAUGAGUUGGAAAAGGCGUUUGGACUUACCCCCCAGCAAUUCCAGCAGUGGAACCCUGCGGUCUCCCAUGAUUGUCUGGUCAACUUCUGGCCGGGCUACGCCUACUGCGUGGGAAUUGGUCCAGUAGCAAUCCCAACAUCUGCAGACACUGCUCCUCAUGCCCCAACCAUGACUGGCAUUGCAGCAAACUGUAACCGGUGGUACACUGCCCAAAAGGGAGAUAAUUGUUAUGCAGUAGAGAAAGCAUUCGGGCUCACUCCGCAGCAGUUUCAGCAGUGGAAUCCCGCUGUUUCUUUGGACUGUCUGGUCAACUUCUGGGCCGGAUAUGCUUAUUGCGUGGGUGUUGGGCCGGCCGCAAAUGGUCCGCAUGGUCCUACUAUGCCAGGCAUUGCCCCAAAUUGCAUCCAGUUUUAUACUGCCAAAAAGGGUGAUACUUGCUAUGCGGUCGAGAAGGCUUUUGGUAUCAGCCCCCAACAAUUUCAACAGUGGAAUCCGGCUGUCUCUCUAGACUGCUUGGUCAAUUUCUGGCCAGAUUAUGCGUACUGUGUGGGCGUUGGACCGGUUGCUCCGACUUUGACAUCGACUGUGACAGCGACAGCGACUUCAGCUUCGACUUCAACAACUUUAACCACUUCAACUACGUCCACCACUUCGACAACUGCCCUUCCCACAUCUACCACCUCUACUGCUUGGACUACUGGCACGUCGACCACUUCGACUAGUUUGGCACCUACGACAGUUUUCACUACUUUCACCACCACUCUCACUUUGACCACAACCUUGACUUCGAAUGGUCAGACUACUGUAAUAGUUACUACUACUGUGACUACGACCGUUAGCCCGUCUACAACUAUUGGUACUUUCACUACAUCGACGACGGCCCUGCCUCCAUCGACAACGUCUAGUUCCACCACUUCGACUUCGAGUGCUUCGACCACUGUGACUUCAAGUACUUCCGACACUUCAACUACGUUGACCAGUCCAAGCGCUCCCACCACUCCCAGGACUGUAACCUCAACAACCCCCCGUUCGCCCUCUAUCACACCUACUCCUAGCACAAUGGUCACUACCAACCCGAAUUACUCAACCCGUAAUCCCAUCACCUCAUACAACCAGACCAUAACGCCCAUUGACACCGCAUGGCCUCCGACCAAAACCCACCCCGGCCAGCCCAAAAAUUGCGACAAAUGGCAUCUAGUUGCGCCAGGAGACACCUGCAGAUCAAUUUACCAGCGCCACGGCAACAGAAUUACCAUGGACGAGCUACUGGAAUGGAACCCCGACCUUAAAGCAGACUGCGACUACCCCAUCGCCGGCUACUGGGUGUGCGUGGGUAUCAAACGCCCCGCUCUCACCAUAAUCUAUCCCACCACCAAUGGCACAGCCCCCGAUCCCACUCCCUGGACGCCGCGUCCCCUUCCAACGGAGACAGCCGUUUACCCACCCACCAAAACCCAACCUGGUCUCGCUCCAAGCUGCUCAGCCUACUACGAAGCUCAGCCUUCCGACACCUGCGAUCAGAUCCUGGCCAGCAAUCCCAUGCUGAAAUUCCCCCUCCUGUUUGAAUGGAACCCAGCCCUAAAAGCAGACUGUUCCGGUAUCCUACCAGGCUACUUCUACUGCAUCGCAGCCUACAACAGCACCAACCUCCCCUCCCCACCCACCGUCACUAACCAACCCUAUCCAAUGAAGGCAGGCACAGCCAAGAACUGCACAGCCUGGUACAAGAAGGAAGAUGGUGACACGUGCGAUUUGAUCGUGGAGAUGUUCGGCACGUUCGAUAAGGCCCAGUUUGUGGCGUGGAAUCCUGCUGUCGGUGUUAAAUGCAUUGGUUUGGAGAACGGCUACUACUACUGCAUCGCCGACCCCAGCACUCCCAAAACCCGCACAAGACCCGUAUCCACCACCGUGACCUUCCCCACCGCUCAUCCGCGCCAACCGGGCGUCACUAAGGACUGUAAUAAGUGGUGGCUUGUGUCGGUUCACGACGACUGCUACGACAUCAUCCACUUCAACGGCAUCACUAUGGCAGAUCUGUAUACCUGGAAUCCGGCCCUCUCGGGAAAAAGAAACUGUCUUGAGGGGUUGGUUCCUGAUAUGGAGAUUUGUGUGGGGGUUUCGUCUAUGUCUACUACCACUGCUUCGAGUACUGUUCCUGGUACUUCUGUUAGCACUGGAAUGGUUACUAUUGUGGGGGGAAGAAUUUAA